UAUCCAGUCAUUUGCCCCGGUGCAUGACAGUUGUAUUCUGAAAAUUCAUCGUUAGACGUAAAGUUGUUUCGCCACAUUCAGUUAUUUGAUAACUGAAUAUUAUUAAAUAAUGUUCCGAAAUCAGUACGAUAGCGACGUAACAGUAUGGAGUCCGCAAGGCCGUUUACAUCAAGUAGAAUACGCAAUGGAAGCUGUGAAGUUAGGAUCAGCUACCGUCGGACUUAAAAACAAGACCCACACUGUCCUUAUUGCGCUUAAACGAGCAUCCUCUGAACUUUCUGCUCAUCAGAAGAAAAUUAUUCCCAUAGACAAGCAUAUGGGAAUUUCUAUUUCUGGUUUAACUGCCGAUGCUAGAAUAUUAAGUCGAUACAUGCGAACCGAAUGUUUAAAUUACAAGUACAUUCACGACGAUGCAUUGCCUAUGAGUCGUUUAAUGACUACGUUGGGUAAUAAAUUGCAAACCUCUACUCAAAGAUACGACAGGAGACCGUAUGGCGUGGGUUUACUUAUAGCUGGAUACGAUGAUCAAGGACCUCAUAUAUAUCAAACGUGUCCUUCCGCAAAUUAUUUUGAUUGCAAGGCGAUGGCUAUCGGAGCACGUUCUCAAAGCGCUCGAACAUACUUAGACAAACAUCUCAGUUUAUUUGCCUCGAGUGACCUUGAUGAGCUUGUAAAACAUGGUCUUCGUGCAUUGAGAGACACAUUGCCAAACGAAGUUGAUUUAUCAGUUAAGAAUGUCUCUAUCGCUGUAGUAGGAAAAGGUACCGAUUUCACAAUAUAUAAUGAAGAUGUAACUGCCGUUUAUUUAUCUCAAAUUGAAGACGAUACACGCGGAAAACCAACCGAACCGGAUGUGGAACAAGAUCCUAAACCACCACAACCUACACCAUCCGACGAGGGUCCCCCAGACCCACGAGUUUCAGUUGCAAUGGAAACAGAUUAAAAAUAAUGUUGCAUGUACUGUCCAAGAGUUAAAGCACCUACACCUACGUCUCUCAAGUCCUUCAUGGUUUGUUCAACUUCUUCGUCAGUUUCGCCUAAUCCCAACAUUAUCGAUGAUUUUGUAACAAGUUUUGGAUUAAGUAUUU